AUGACAGUCGUGUUUGCUGAUGACACGGCAAUAAUGACAACAAAUGAAGACCAGCAGACUUCGACUGAUUGGCUUCAAAGGUCCAUCAACAACGUUUCCAACCGGACGAAACGUAUGAAGAUUAAAAUUAACAGUGAAAAAUCGAUGCACGUAAAUUACACCUUGCGCAAAACCGUCUAUAAAUCGGUAUUGCUACAUCAGCAGAGCAUCCCACAGUGUGACUCAGCAAAAUAUUUAGGAAUGGACCUGGACUCAGACUCAACUGGAAGCACUACGUUAGACUGA